AUGAGGGUUUGCGUCACCGCCGGCGGCGAACUGAUUGCUGACCAGUACGCGAAGCCGCUGCCAUGGAUUGGACUGUACAUCGCCACCGCCUCGCUGCUCUGCGCCGCGGCGAUGGCCUUCGACGCCUACUGCGGCUUCCGCCGCCUGAAGCUCUGGUUCCCUUGUAGGCUCUUCUCCCUACACGCCACCACCUUGACGGUGCUCGCCGUGGCGACCAAGAUGCCGCUGGACGUCAACACCUCCAUGCCCCGCGCUAUCGACCAGUUGACCAAGCUCAGCGGCAUGGUUCUCCUGUGCACGGCGAUGGGCAACCUCAUGCCGUCGUUGGGCGCCAUGAACGAGUCCGAGAUCCUCCCCAACGUCGUGGCCCUGACCAUUAUGGUCGUCACAGCCCUCGCCAACAUCUGGAUCCAGAUAGGCACCGGCGUGAUCUACGCGUUCCUGCCGGAGCACGCCGUCGUGAUGGUCCUCAUGAUGGUCCUCCUCCUCAUCUUUGUCUCCACCGCCCUGCCAGUGCCGAUCACCAAGGACCUGCAGGAGAAGCUCUACGACUGCAAGUACUGGCCGAUCUCGUUCGAUCCAGCGGGGAGCGACGCCCUGGCGAAGCUGCAGAUGUCCGUGAAGAAGUACUGGCUGAUAACUCACACCUGCAGGCAGUACGUACCGGGGUGGUCGGCGACCUGCACGGCCUCAGGGGCCUUCUGCCUCCUCGCCGCUGCGGUCUUCGUAGAGGCUCUGCUGAGAGGCCUCGUCUGGGAGUCACGCCUGCGGCUCUGCCGCGGGACUUCGGACUACGGCUGGUCGUCCAGCGUGGUCCUCUCAGCCCAGGCGGCGGGUAUCCUGCUCGGCACCGUCGCGCCGGCCUGCCGAUGGUUCAACGCAGUCAGAUUCUGGAGCACAGACGGCAGGGGAUGGAGCUGGAAGGCCGAGUUCCGAGUGGAGGACUACUGGGUCCAGCGGCUGAAGGACUGGAAGGCGGCCCCGCUGCAGUUCCAGACCGGCGGAGGGAAGGGGGGGCGCCGUUGGAGGAGGAUCGCCCAUCGGCUGAAGGAUGCCGUAAUGAGUUCGCUGAUAUGGGUCCAGAAGGGGGUCGUCACGGGGAGCAAGUUGUUGAGGCUCGUCUCUGUGCUGCCGCUGAGCUUGGUAGACAGAGGCGGGCUGUUGAUGAACAGUAGCAGCCUGCAGCAGGAGAAUGUGGAGCUGAAGGAAUAUGUGUUGUACUUCGAAGGGGAGGAGGAUCUGGUGCGGCUGAUCACACGGUCGGCGAGGAAGGACGCGGAGAACUGGAUCGAGAAGGGCAGGCGGAGGGCACCUGCAACCAUGCUAGAACUCAUAAAGAAGCAUUCCAGCUUUAAAGAUGGGUUCAAGGAAGUAGGUAGAAUCGACAAUAAGAGAAUCCGCUCCCAGGUUCCAGUGGAACCCCCAAGCUGCUGGGCGCUGCCGCUGGUGACUCUUGCCGGCCUUGCCGUGGCGCUGCCGGGCAUCGAUCAGGAGUCGGUCGAGUCGCUGCUCUGUGGGGUGGGCGAGGGUCUCCGGUAUGUCAGGCUCAUCGAAAAGAAUUUGGAUCAGAUGGGCCUGGUGAAUAUGAGGAAGGCAGCGGAUCUCAUCUGGCAUGACGUUGAGUUCUACGACCGAUGGCUCGGUCAGGAUCUUCACAGUGUGGUCCCUGGUGAAGAGAGAAACGGAAGGAAGGUGAUUGAGAAAUUGCAAGAGAUAGCGGAGGAACGCUUACAGGACUUCCUGGCAGAGAAUCACCAUGACCCUGAGACCAAUGAUAAAGGGGAUCCCCUUGAAUGGCCUGAGAAGGUGCUGGCAGCCCAUUGUAUGGACAGGGUAUGCAGAACCAUCCUCUUAGACUACGACUGCAAGCAUCAAGCAGAUGAUCAGAGACUGUUUUCCAGGCUGCAAAGGGUGAUAGCUGAUAUACUGGGAGCUUGUCUCACCAACCUAUCAGUUGCUGUUUUCAUGGAGUGCUUCUGCAACAAGGGGGAGGUGAGAGAAAAGAGUGUCAAGGAGGCGGCGCAUAUUCUUGGAGAAGCUGAGGAGGUUCUUACUCUUCUGGGAAGGCCCGAAGUUGCCCGUCUUUUCCCUGAGGAAAGACGAUAUAUACAUGACUGGCGGAAAGAGGGUGAAUCUGGGUGCUCAAACCUCCCUUCAACUCUCAACAUGGCCUAUUUUACCUCUCCUUCAUAUGUGUAA